CCCAACUUCACAAUUUUGUGGAAUUCUGUGGAUUAGGGUUUCAUCGUCAUCUCACCAAUCCACAAUAAUUCCACAAAAAAGUUAAAAAUCCCCAAAUAAAUUAUUAAAAUGCAGUUUUGUCUCCACCUCCGUUAUUGUAUUUCAAUAUCAAAAACUUUAUAAUUUGCGUGUGCCCUUCUCUUUCCUUCCGUUUCCUUUCAAUUGGGCUAUAAAAGACGGAAGCUUCACCUGAAAAAUUCAGUCACGUUUCUUUGUGAUUACUGGGUCUGUUCAGUUAUUGACUUUUGAAUUCUGGGUUUUCAUUGGUUUUUGGGUUAGCUUAUCUUUAAAAGGUUAUUGGGUCUUUGAAUUCUGGGUUUUCAUUGGUUUUGGUUUUUGGGAGAGCUGGGUUUUCUCAAAUUUGCAUAUUGGGAAAUUGGGGUUUGGUUUUUCUCCCCUUGUUCAUAUUAAAAAUCCCGCUAAAGAUUGUAAAAAUUCCACCUUCAGCUACUUGGAUUUUCAAUUAAAUUCUGAUACUUUAGGUUAAAUUUGGGUACUUUUACUCCUGGGAUUUGAUUUUCCUUUGAAUUUGGUAUCAUUUGCAAAAGAUUAGCCUUUUUACUCUCAGAAAGAUUUGGUAUUGGUGAUUUUUUUGCUGUUUUGUCUGAAGACCUUACCCUUUAGCUUGAGUUUUCUGAAAGAAAAAAAAAAAGAGUACUGGUUGGGUGGUUGAGCUGCUUUCUGGAUUUCCCAUAAGCUUCAAACCUUUGUUUUGGAAGAUCUGUUUUUGAGAUAUAAAAAAUAUGACAAUUGGAAGUCUUCCUCCAAAGAAGGAGAAGAAGUCAAGAAAGCACAAAGGAGUGAUUGAUGAGAAUGCUCCUUUGUUGCCAAAAAAGCAAGUGGAAGAUGCAGGGUUUGAUGAGUUCAAUGGAGCUUCCUUUACUGGGGCAGUGUUCAAUUUAUCCACCACCAUUGUUGGUGCUGGGAUCAUGGCUCUGCCUGCCACCAUGAAAGUGUUGGGCCUUGUCCUUGGGAUCUCCAUGAUCAUCUUCAUGGCGUUCUUGACCGAGGCAUCGAUCGAACUGAUACUUAGGUUCAGCAGGGCAGGGAAGUCUGCUUCUUAUGGAGGUCUUAUGGGAGAUGCCUUUGGAAAAUAUGGAAAGAUUUUGUUGCAGGUAUCGGUUUUAGUCAACAAUCUCGGCGUGCUCAUUGUCUACAUGAUUAUCAUUGGUGAUGUGCUUUCUGGAACAUCUUCGAGUGGGGUUCACCACGCUGGUGUACGAGGAUGGUUUGGAGUACACUGGUGGACUGCGCGAUUCAUUGUUCUUCUUGUCACUACACUUGGCAUAUUUGCUCCAUUGGCAUGCUUUAAGCGAAUUGAUUCAUUGAGCUUCUCAUCUGCCCUAUCAGUUGCACUAGCAGUUGUAUUUCUUGUUAUUACCGUUGGAAUUACGGUUGUCAAGUUGAUCAAUGGAAGCAUUGCAAUGCCCAGAUUGCUACCUGAUGUUAUUGACGUCUCAUCAUUCUUCAAUCUCUUCACCGUAGUCCCCGUUCUUGUCACUGCAUACAUCUGUCACUACAAUGUCCACAGCAUCCACAACGAGCUUGAAGAUUCUACGCAGAUAAGAGGGGUUGUACAAACCUCGCUUGCUUUAUGUUCAUCUGUUUACAUAAUGACAAGCCUUUUUGGGUUCCUCCUAUUUGGGGACGGAACUCUUGACGAUGUGCUUGCCAACUUCGACACGAACCUUGGCAUUCCUUACAGUUCUGUGCUCAAUGAUGCGGUGCGUGUCAGUUAUGCUGCUCACCUUAUGCUUGUGUUUCCCAUUGUCUUCUUUCCAUUGCGGCUCAACUUGGAUGGCCUCCUCUUUCCCUCUGCAAGGCCGAUGGUUCUGGAUAAUAUGAGAUUUGCACUAGUCACCAUUGGGCUCAUAAGUAUUAUCUUCUUGGGUGCAAACUUUAUACCCAGCAUCUGGGAUGCUUUCCAGUUCACUGGAGCAACUGCUGCUGUUUGCCUCGGGUUCAUUUUCCCGGCUGCAAUUACUCUCAAGGAUCGACACAACAUAGCAACAAAGAAGGACAAGGUCUUGAGUGUUUUCAUGAUUUUCCUUGCUGUGUUCUCAAACGCGGUGGCCAUAUACAGCGAUGCCUAUGCCUUGUUCAAGAACGCAUCAAAGCGUGAGUGAUUCUUGGAGGCCCUCAUGACUUUAGUGAAGACAUCAACGGGCUGAAUCUGUAUUAGAAAACCAGGGUUUUCUGAGAGGGUUCAGUUGGAAAAUAAAGGAAGACUCUGCACAUGUAAAAUAUGUUAGUUUGCUAGUGCAAGAAGCGGGCAAUUGAAUUCGUUGCCCUCCACACUUGUGGUGUUGUAUUACAUUGUUGUUGAACUCGAACUCUUUUUCGUACUAGAACCAAGUGAGGUGUGAGAAAUGCAAAUGUGUCUUUUCGA